UAAGGCCACCUACUAGUUGUUUUAUUUUGUUUUUAUCUUACUAAUAAGUCCAUCUUUUAUAUAACCUCACCCCACUUCCACCUUUUUUGCAUCACCUUCUCAUUUCUCCACUGCCAUUUCUCUCUGACCUCCUCUUGUCUGAGUCUGAGGAUUUUGGAGAGUCUGGUCUCUUUCACAAGAAGCAUUUCUCAACAAAACUUUGUCCAAAAUGGCAUCCAAGUUUGUUUUCAUUGCCAGCAGUAUGUUGCUGCUUCUGUGUUCAUCAGCUAUGGCUCAAAAAACUGCUUCACCUCCUUCCCUAAGCCCAACUCCGGCACCAGCUCCAGCUCCUGAUUAUGUAAAUCUCACCGAAUUACUUACUGUUGCCGGUCCAUUCCACACCUUCCUUCACUACCUUGUAUCCACCAAAGUGAUUGAAACCUUGCAAAACCAAGCCAACAACACUGAAGAAGGUGUAACCAUCUUUGUCCCAAAAGACACUGCUUUCUCAUCUCUUAAGAAGCCCUCUUUGAAAAACAUCACCAAUGAUCAGCUCAAGUCACUCUUGCUAUUCCACGCUUUGCCACAUUACUACAGCUUAGCUGAGUUCACCAAUCUUAGUGAAAGCAGCCCAAUCAACACCAUGGCUGGUGGGCCAUACACUUUGAACUUCACUGAUGUUUCAGGGACAGUCCACAUCGGUUCAGGUUGGACCAACACAAAGGUCAGCAGCAGUGUUCAUUCAACUGACCCUGUUGCCCUUUACCAGGUUGAUAGAGUUCUCCUCCCUGAGGCCAUUUUUGGAACUGAUAUCCCUCCAACCCCAGCUCCAGCCCCAUCCCCAGAUAUUGCUCCUGUUGCAGAUGGCCCAGGAGAUGAGGGAACUGCAGCCAAGUCCCCAACAUCUUCUACUUCACAAGGGAAGUCUGCUUCUCACAGGGUCACCAGCUUGGGAUUUUUGAGCCAAAUGGUUUUGGCUGUUUCAGGUGGGCUGGCCAUGUUCUUGUGAAGGAAUUGGAUUCAAUGUUGAGCUGUUUUUUUUUUAUAACUUAUUAUGUUAAAAGGGUAUAUUUGGAUUUGCAUCAGUUGCUCCUUUUUUCAUUCGAAACCCCAUUUUUUUCUGAACAUAUCUACUAUUGAUAUUGAAUUUUAUGUAUGAGAAUAUGUGAGAUCUUCUGAUAUGGGAGAUGCAUUUUGUUUGAUAUAUUAUCAUAUAGAAAAUGAUUGUACUCUUCUCAGCUUAAAUGCCAUGUUGUUUUACCAUUUACCAUU